GUCCUACACCAGCAUCCCACUGUUAAUAUUGGCUGUUGUGCUUCCAUGUCUAUUAGAAAUUUUGUUGAUUGUUGACGAGAACCAUCUGGAAUCUGAAUGCCCAGCCCAUGGAUAAGACUCCACUUGCUGGAUUUCAGUCUCUCCUGGCUUGUGGCUGUUAAGGAAACUUCCCUGUCUGAUCAUCCAGGAGCCACUCUGGAAGUCACAUUCCCACCACCUGAGCUGGGACAAGCUCCAGGGAGUCCACGGAUCCUGGUUUACUCCACACCCCUCUCACACAGUCCAAGCAGGUUUUCCAUAGUGGAGCGGAUCUGGGACACCUGGAUCCUUAAAAUAAUUCCUUGAAAUAAUUUAGUCGUGAUGCAACAACAGAGUAACAGCUGGAGCUGGUGCCUCCGGGGAGGGACCCCAAACAAAGGACACCCCACCCCAGGCUUUUAUCCCCUCACAGUCUAAGAUGACAAUCUGGGAUGAUCAGCUCCUGCUGUGUCCCAGAAUGUCCCUCAUUGUGCCCUUUGUUAUGGAAAGGCCGGCAGUUCCCGGGCUCUUGAUUGUUCUCCUCCUCGGCGGUGCCCGGGAUGCUCUUGCAAAUCAACCGCCGGGAUCGGGUCGAAUGGGAUCGGUUUUCGUGUUCUCCACCCCGAGCUCCAGGAGAUUCAGGGAGAAUCAUCGUCUUUCCCCGGUUUUCGGGAUCCCCGAGUUUCCACCCCGUUCUUCAGGGAACGCGGUUAUUUCUGUGCAGCUGUAGCAGCCUGGGCUCCAAGGAGUUAAGGCGCUGCCGAGUCCCCAACACUGAUAAGGAGCAGGAUAGAACAGGAUGUGGCUGGGAAGGGGGGCACGGGAGAUAGGGCAGCGCUGUUCCCGAGGCCAACCUCCUCCUCCUCCGGGCCCGGAGCCACAGCAAACCCCGCACAAGGGCGGCGUAGGAGCCAUCGGGGAGCUCGGCACAGGGGGAUCAGGACCACCGAAGCCCCUCCGACCCUCUUCCAGAAAGGUCCGGGAGGAGGGGUCGCGCACACUGCCUGAUUUGCAUGGGAAGUGGGAAACCUGAUCCUGGGGCGGGGAAAACUUACCCGUAAAAAGGUGCCCCCACAGCGCCCAGGUGGCACCGCCGGGACCCUGAACACCUUGGACGCGGGGAUCGACGGUGGAACCGGGACUGAUUGUUGAGCUGGAGCAGUUGGGACAGCCUUGGCUCCUUUCCAUGGGGAGCUCCGUGUCCCUGGAAACUCAGCGCCACGUUUCCCCUGGGUCACCUCAGCUCUUCCUCUGUGCCAAAACCACGUUUUUUUUCAGAUGAAUUUAGGCCUGUUUAACCCUGAAGCUGAUCAGGAACUCCCCAGCCCCUUCCUCCUGGUGUGGCUUUCCGGGGAUCUGCUCCCUCGGCGAUGGUUUAUUGCGCGGCCCUGAACUGCAGGAACGCCACGAGCGGCUCCUGCAAGAACAGCUCCGUGACUUUUCACGGGUUCCCUUUGCAAAACGAGGCUCUCCUGAAGCAAUGGAUCCAGAACAUGGGCAGGGACAUGGGAACCCCCUCCAAGUACGAGCGCCUGUGCUCGGCUCACUUCGAGGAGAGCUCCUUCGAGGGGGAUCCCCUGAAAAUCCGCAGGAGACGGCGGCUGCUGAAGGAGGCUGUUCCCAACAAAUUCAUCCUGGGGCAAGAUGGGAACUGGCUCGUGGGGACACCCCAGGGCUUCUGUGAUGGGAUGAGGAAUAAAACUCGGAAGCGAAUCCGGAAUCCCGAGCACCAGAGGGUCCCUGGGAAGUGUCCCAAUGGUGCUAAGAGGCCGACUUUGGAGGACUGGCAGAAUGAAUUUUGCAAGACAAUCCUAAAGGAGAAUUACGGAUCUUUAACCGUGUUCAGAAAAGAUUAUCCUGUUCCCAAAAGCAAAAUCCCGGUGGGAGAAAUGGCACAGGUCAAGGCUCAGCAGGGUUUGGAGGGAAGGAAGAUUCCUGCCAGCCUUAGCACAGGCCAUGGUGGUGCCACGAUCAGAUCUCAGCAGCAGAGUGCAGAAAACACACAAGUUCAUGGAUCACCCUCAGGAGGAUCCCAAAACCAGCGAUGGAACGUUUCGGACAAGGGGGAAACACGGGAGAGCCAGCAGAGUUCAACAAACCAGGCAAAGCCCCCGGGAAACAGGAGAGGCAGCAGCUUCCCUGCAGGAGGACAACUUGGCGAAUUCAGACGGUUCCUUUUUCAGCAGCAGACCCACCCCAAGGCGUCCGAGGUGCCGUGGUUCAUCUGCACGGAGUGCGGGAAGAGCUUUGCCCGGCACACGUACCUGCUCCGGCACCGCAGGAUCCACUCGGGGGUCAGGCCACACACCUGCCUGGAGUGUGGCAAGAGCUUCCUGGAGAAACCCAAGCUCAUCAGCCACUGGAGAACACAUUUUCACAUAAUCUGCGUGCCGAAUGAUUUCCUGGGAUAGGUUUUCCCGUUCGGUUGUUGAAAAUCCCCCUCAGUCCAGGGGCGGUGGUUUGUUGUCCUGUGUGGAUUACAGGGAAGCUUUGGGAUAAGGCACUUUGCCUCAGUUUAAUCAAAUUCGAGUUCCAAAGGCUUCUGCUUGGUGCCGGUCUAAUAAUCAUUGAUUAGGACCCGAUUUUAAUUAGUGGCUGGAUAAUUCCUGUCGUGCUCUAUCCAUCCCUUCCUGGGAACAGGAGUUGGGAUAGAGCAGCGUUGGCUGUACCCAAAGUGGCAUUAAAAAAAACCUGGUGCACCAAACAGCACGUGCUGGAGGGCACCCAAAGUAAGAGAGAAACACUGGGAGUUUACAGGGAUGAAAAACCAGGACCUGGGAAUGGGAUUGUCCCCUGGUAAAUUGAUGUUUGAAGUAACCAGUUCUGGGCAUUAUUUCCCCCUUUUUGCUGCUCUAGCAUUGCCUGUAACUGCUGAAGUAAACCUGGUUUUGGGUUCUAUUUUUAUAUUGACCCCAUGUGUUUCCUGGGGGGUGAUUCCUGAAAUUAUGGAAAAAACCCCAUGGAUAUGUUCUUAA